AUGUGUCCAAUCUACGUCCACUCCCAAAACGUGUCCCCUCUCCUGCAGUUCACGAGGCGAGCGGGUCAGAGCCUAAGGCACCGACUGCACCAACUCGCAGCAGCAAUCGAAGCGCAUCGCUCCAACAACGCACAACUCUGCACUGAUGUUUCCACCGGAGCUGCUGCCCGACCCUCAUCUGGAUCUGCAGCAGCGGUGGCAGCAGUAAGUGCAGCAGCGGUGGCAGCAGUGCGCAUCUCCACCUUCCACUCCUUCUGCCUGCAGACCCUCAGGCAGUUUGCGCACCUGGCGGGCCUGCCUAAGGACUUCACCGUCUUCCCUCCCAAGAUGCAGGCAGAGACGUUGAUGGAGCUGCUGCAGGAGUGGGCGGAGAGGAAGGCUGCAGAGGCAGGGGAGAGGGAAGGAGAGCACGGGGCCAGUCGAAUAAGUGUGCCAUCAGGCAAGAAACUGCACUUCAUCAUCCGCCGCUUCCUGCACGAGUUUGGCCGCCUGGAAGCCGAGAACGCGGCCAUGCAGGUGCUGCAGGGGUCACGACCACUGCACCAGCCAGCAGCAGCAGCGGCAACCUCAUCGCCAGCAUCGAAUUCAGCUCCAGGUGCUGCUGCUUCUGGGGCGAGCGGUCGUGCUGCUGCUGUGAAUCAUGGUGGCGUGCAGAGAAGGAGGCGGGUAUCGUUUGGAGGAGACGGUGGUGGUGGAGGAGGGGAGGGUGAUGAGGAUGGCGGGCUGUUUGCGUGGCUGUGGGAGCAGUACCGCCGCCGCCUCGUGCUCAACAAGGCCGUCGACUUCUCCCAGUUCGCCCCCAAGGCGGUGAAGUUGCUGCACGCACAUCCAGAGAUACUCGCAUCAAGCAGCGUGAGCAGCAGCAGCAGCAGCAGGGAGCACGUGGUGGACGAGUUCCAGGACACUGACAGCUGUCAGAUGGAGCUGCUUCUGCUGCUCUGCCGCCCGCUGCCGUCCGUACCGACCCUGACCCUCGUGGCCGACGACGACCAGCAGAUCUACUCCUUCCGCGGCGCCAUGGGCCUGCCGAACCUGCGCCGCUUCCUCCGAACCUACCCGCAGGCUCGAACAGUCUGCCUCGACCAGAACUUUCGAAGCUGCGGCUCGGUUGUGGAGGCCGCGCGCCACGUCAUCGCGCACAACCAAUGGCGGCAUGCCAAGUGGAUGGUCACAGCAGCGCCAGUGGGCCCGCUUGUCUCCUUAUGCGAGUGCCGCACGGAUCGGUGCGAGGCGGCAGCUGUGGUCGGCAAGAUCUGUCAUCUAGUGGGGUCAUGCGGGGUGCCGGCGAAUCAGAUUGCAAUACUGUACCGUGUGCAGGCCGUGGGAAAGGUGAUUCGGCAGUAUCUGAAGAGCCAUGGGAUCAAGGUGUCUUCUGCUGCAACUGGAGGAGGGGGAGCAGGAGGCUUUGGAGGUGGAGGAGGGGGAGGAGGAGGAGGGACGGCAGGAGGAGGGGAAUGGGGAGCAGCAGAGGAGGAUGGGGUAGCAGUAGCUGCAAAUGGUUUCAUAGCAGAGGGGGGUAACAGUGCAACGGCUGGUACUCGGGGAGGGAGGGGGACGGGGACAGUAGGAGCAGUUUUCCAUGAUAUCCUGGCACUCCUGCGAUUGGCUGCCAAUGAAUCGGAUGACGUGGCAUGUCGGCAGGUCCUGCGCUUUGUUUGCCCGCCGCCCACCCGCAAGGUGGCAGUCUGUCUGCGCACGCUACAGUGCGCCCCGCACCGCAUCUCCCUCCUGCCUGCCGCCCGCAUGACUCGUCUGCACCUCCUUGGCAUCUCCCGCUGCGCCGCCCUCUCCAACGUGUCUUCCACCGACCCCGGCGGUGCUUGUAACCGAUCAGCAGGAAACAGCAGUGCUUAUAACGGAUCACACUCUACCCAUGCACACAAUGCAGCCGAACCUGCAUGGCCCCACACACUCUCACCAGAUGACACGGAGGUGUUAGAGGGAAUAAGGAAGAUGGCUGCAGCAGUAUCAGAGCUGCAAGGCCUCCUGGGCAUCCCCCCGCCUGGCUGGUCCUCUCCCCCUGCUCCUGCCUCCUCUGCUCCUGACUCUGCGUCUCGCCACCCUGCAUGCAGGAGGAGAGGCAGUGCUGCUGGGAUUAUGGGUCUGGGUGGUGGGCCUACGUCCUUCCCUGCGUUUUUUCAAGGAGGAGGAGGGGAGGAGGGGGAGGACGAUGGGGUGUCCUGUGAGGCUUUGGUGAGGUGUGCACUUCGGUUUGUAAGAACAGUGAGGGGUGGGGAGGGGCGGAGUGGUGCGGGUGUGGGGGCGGAGGUAGUGGUUCAGGGGGUGUUAGGGGGCGCCGGGGGAGGGGGAGUGGUCGGAACGGUUGGGGGAGGGAGAGGGGGUGGGGGGACAGGUGGAGGUUGGGCAGGUGGACGUGGGAUGGGGGGGCAGGGGGGAGGCGCAAGUGCAUUAGAUCCGGCCAUGUUUGCCGGUGUGAGAGCUCUGCUACUAGAGGCUGCGGCUUUUGACAGGGAGAGGAGGCAUACGCGGCAGGCGAUGCAGGCGAGAGUAACGAGUGCUGCAGCAGAAGUGGCGUCAGCAGCAGGAGCAGCAGCAGGAGGACAAGCAGCAGGAGGGGCUGCACUGAGGAAAGCAGGUGAAGGAGCAGAAGCAGUCGGGGGAAUGGGGUUGGGAGAUUUGCCAGGAAGGGUGGUGUCAGGGUGUGAUGCGGGGAGCGAAAGAAACAACAGCGGCAACGGUAACAGCAGCAGCGGAAUUAGCAGCAGCAGGCACAUGGCCAAUCCAGGCGGCUACUUCUCCCCAGCUACCACCCCUGUGAAAGACCGCUACAGUCCGGGCGGCAGCAGUGAGAGCAAGCAGGGCGGCAGGAGGCCGAGCUAUGCUGACCUGCUGCUGCAGCGUGAAGGAGUGGUGGGAGUGGUGGGCGGCACCGGCAUGGCACAGGCAAUGGGGCUCGCCCGAUGGUCCAAUGCUGCAGGGGCUAUCGCUGCAAGGCAGAUGGAUUUGGAAAGACGGAUGGGGAAGCAAGGAGAGGUGGCAUCAAACGAUCCUGGUGCUGGUGCUGGUGCGGGUGGUUAUACUCGUAGCGAUGGUAAUGAUGGUGAGAAGGGAAAUGACGAGAGGGAGUUGGAGAGAGAGGAGGAUGGGGAGGAGGCGGAGGAGGAGGUAGUGGUCCAGUUUGUAGACAGAGUGAUGGAGAGAGUGCAUGAGAGGGAGCUCGGGGUGGGUGUGGAGGAGGGGUUGGGAGGGGUGGGGGACGGUGCUGGUGAGAGAGAGAGUGCAGGGGGACGUCUGGGUAGGCGAGCAGGGAGGGGGGGUGAGGGGAAGGGGCGGGGGAGUGGGGGGAGUGGGGGGAGGGAGAGUGAGCAGGACAGCGGAGGGGUGGUGCUGAGCACGAUUCACCAGGCCAAGGGGUUGGAGUGGCAGGCUGUGAUUGUAGUGAGGGCGAACGAGGGCGUGCUUCCACUGGUGGACUUCAGUAGAGUCACACAGGCCCCUGCCACUGCCACCGCCACCAACUACUCACCCACACCCCAAACCCUACCACCGACAACAACAACAAUGACAGCAGAUGCAGCGGCAGCACAAGGGGCAUCAUCGGGACCAGGUGCCUAUAAGGCAGGGGGGGCAGUGGGAGGAAGAGAGGGGUGUGGGCGUGAGAGUGGGGUGCGGCCCCUUCCUCCUCUGCCUGCCAUGCCCCCGGACUAUGACGCUCAGCUGGAGGAGGAGGUGAGCCGAGAUAUUUGA